AUGGAAGAUUUACACAAGUACAACACUUCACACAACUACAGCUCUGAUCUCAGCAACAUCGGCUACACCUACUACAAUGAUAUUGAUAACCUUAUGUUCAGCUUAAAUGUGGUGACAUACAUAGUUCUUGUCAUCGGCCUUCCUUUGACGCUGGUGGCCAUCUAUGCUCUUUUUUCUCAGGUGAGAAAUGAUAACGUCACUCCCAUCUACGUCAUCAACCUCCUCAUCUCUGACCUCAUUCAGUUCUGCUGCAUGAUUGCUGUCAUGGUGCCACCUGAGGACAGUCUCCCGGCGCUGAUCAAAGGCCAUACUCGGUUCGCCAGUGUUGGCUUCAUGGUGUGUAUCGCCAUGGAAAGGUAUUUUGCCAUCGUCUUCCCACUGUGGUACCGCUUCAGACAAACCAUCAAGACCUCUGUGCUGGUCUGCGUCAUGGUCUGGGUCCUUCCUCUCAUCUGUACCCUCCCUAAAUUAAUCUGCAGUUCUGCUAAUGCCAACUUAAUCGCAGGCAUCUUUUUACUUCUUCCCCUCCCACUGCUCAUAUUCUUCGUGGGUGGGACCCUCAGAGCUCUGUCUGCUUCCAUCUCGGUCCGCUCUGAUGAAAAACGACGAAUUGCAGGAAUGUUGGUCCUGGUGCUGCUGAUUUACAUCUUGCUGUUCCUGCCCUCCAUCAUUUUCUGCAUGGCAGAAGAACUGGUUAAUGACACUGUUUCAUCACUGUCUCUUGUGUUCAUCAGGUUGUGUCCUCUUGCAGAUUUAGUUCUGUAUGUUUUCAUGAGGAAAGGGACCUCUGUGAGUUGUUGCAGAAUGGACAGCAAUGAAAUCAAGUCCAGCAGUAGCAGUGGUGAUGACGUGUCCACAGUCAGCUUCACGUAG